AUGAUACCCAAGGGGAUCUACGACCUCUGUCAGAACCGCGAGUCGAUUACAUCGCAAUUGGCCCAGGAUCCGUCCAUUUCCCCUCAUGCGGCUGCCAAAAAGCUGUUUGGUGUCGAUAUCGACGACGAGGUGGUUACCAGGAAAUUGGACCUGGGAAAGGAAGAACCAAGUGAUCUGGAAGAAGCCCGAAAGUGUGGCCAAUGGGGUACAUCCAAUCCCAGCGAUUUGUUUCUGAGAAUCUAUCAUGAUGUCCUGUGCACACUGGAAAAGAAUCCUUUGGUGGGCGUGUGCUCGCCAUCGCUCCUCGGAAGCAAUGGAGUGUGCCCGCUCACAAUCAUGGCGACGGUUCCCGAUAUCUGCCGACACAUGUCCAACGUGAUCGCGAGGGCAGAACAAGAGGUCUUCCUGGCGACCAACUUUUGGAUGUAUUCAGAACCUACCCGGCUGAUCACCAACGCGCUGAGAGAGCUUUCGAGAAAGGCCGUCCUGACCAACCGCCGGGUCGUCGUCAAGAUCAUCUACGAUCGGGGAAGUGCGAAACAGCUUGUAAAAAACCACCUCAUCGUGCCACCCAGCGAAUUUGCAGAUCCCAAUGGCAAAAUCCGAAUACCCCAUCCUGAUGAGCUGCCAAACAUAGAUAUCGAAGUCAUGAAUUUCCAUCGACCAAUGUUUGGGACAUUUCAUGCCAAAUACAUGGUUGUGGAUCGGCGAAUUGCGAUAUUGCAGAGCAACAACAUCCAAGAUAUCGACAACCUGGAGAUGAUGACGCAAUUUGAAGGACCAAUUGUUGAUUCAUUCUAUGAUGUUGCGCUCAUCUCAUGGCACAAUGCUCUCAAGCCACCGCUACCGCUGUUGAGCCGACCUACUGCGGAUUGUUCGAUUCCCACUUUCACGAGCGACAGUUAUGCGACCAUGUUCGACGAAAGCGGAAAGUUGGUUCCCGUGUAUCAAGCACCCACGCCAAUCCCUGACGGCCACGAGAGCCUUCGAGAGAUUGCCGAGCAUGGAUCGCAGAUGGAUUUGCCCCAGCACACAUCACACGAGCCCCACUACGACCCUGACAUCAAGUCUGAGGUGCUACGCGCUGUAGCAUGUUUGAAUCCACGGGAGGGCGAGACACGGAUAAACGCGAUCACCCGCCUGCUGAACACGACGAUUCAACCUGACACGAAAGGGAGCGCAGCGGAUAUUGAACCAGCUGAUACCAUGACGCCACUCAUUCCGAUUCCACGACAUGAUCCUUUCCCGAUGGCCAUGGUCUGCCGACAGCCAUGGGGAGCGCCCACCAAGCACUGCUUGUACACCCCGCAAAAUGCAGCCUUCAUGUCUGCCCUCCGUCAUGCGGCAAAGUCGGUUUUUAUCCAGACCCCAGACUUGAAUGCCGAAGCCCUCCUACCCGAGAUUGUUGCAGCUUGCCGACGAGGGGUCAAGGUCACCUACUACUAUUGUCUGGGAUACAACGAUGCGGGAGAACUGCUGCCCAUGCAGGGCGGACACAACGAAAUGAUCGCAAACGGACUGUAUCGCGACGUGGGACCCGAAUAUCGCGAUAACCUGGACAUCUACGCCUACGUCGCCAAAGACCAAAUCCAUCCCAUCCACAACAAAUUCAAGCAGCGGUCAUGUCACAUCAAGCUGAUGAUCGUGGACGGCCACAUUGGAAUUCAGGGUAACGGUAACCAGGACACGCAGAGUUGGUAUCACAGCCAGGAAGUCAACAUCAUGAUUGACAGCCCACUGGUCGUGGGCAAGUGGAUGGAAGGAAUCCGACAGAAUCAAAACACGCACCUCUACGGCAAAGUCGAGAACGAAGGACCUGAUGCUGGAUGUUGGAAGGAUCCGAGAACUGGACAGCAGGCCGAGGGUGCCAUUGGUGUCGACCCAGGCAAGUUUGCAUGGGCCAAGGGGGUUGUUGGUGCUGUACAACGGGUACGAGGAAUGGGUGGGUUUUGA